AUGGUGCAGAGGAGGGCGCUUUGGGGGUUGAGGCUGUUGAGGGGUGUUCAUGAUGUGGUUGGGCAUGCGUUGGCUUUGGGGGAGGCUGCGGCUGGCGUGCGAUCACAUCAGGGGACGGGGAGUUCCAGCGUAGCUUCACGAGAUGCUACAUCAGUAGAUUCAAAUGAGACGAGAUUGAAAGACUCGAAGUCGAGCCAGGGCCAUGGUUCAUGGCAUACUUCAACACCCAUACCGCCGACAGCAGAUCCCACCUCGCCUGCCGCCCUCUCAGAGCAAAUACGGUCCAUCAUGCGCCUCCUGCCACACUCGGUCGUCGUCUGCACCUCAACGCACGACCAAACACCACGAGCAAUGACCAUGUCAUCGUUUACAUCCCUCACGCUCUCCCCCACGCCCCUGAUAUCCUUCAACAUCGCCACGCCAAGCCGAACCCUCGACGCAAUUACCCAGAGCGGCCACUUCAACAUUCACAUCAUGUCGGGAGACGAGCUAGGCGUGCAGGUAGCCGAUCGAUUCACGAGGGGCAACACGGACGAUGUCUUUGACGGGCUGGACUACGCUACUACGAGCGGGACGGACGGAGCGCCGCUGCUGAGAGGGGAAGGCGUCAUGUAUGCGCUCAGGUGCAGGCUGUUGCCGGAUGAGCCGACGGGGGGAGUGAUGAGGGUGAGAGAUCACGUUAUUGUUGUUGGAGAGGUGGUGGAGAUGAUUCCGGGGAGCUGUGGGAAGGAGUUUGGGCUGGCGUAUGCGGAUAGGAAGUACCGGCAGGUUGGGAGGGUGAUUUCCCGGGACUGA